GAUUAGUAUGAAAAUGUUCUAUUCAACGAUAAUGCUAGUGGGAACGCAUUUUUUCUGAAACUGACAGCCUUAAAAAACCAUGAAGUUUUUUACGAAAAUAUUGUAGUGGAUUUUAAUUUUUAUGUGAUAAGUCUUUGAAAAUCUGAUCAUUUUCCAAAAAACCAUAUAUAUUCUGAAAGAAGAAGCUUGGCUGCACCUUCCUGCAAUAAAAACUCAACUUCGAUAUUUUCAAGAAAAACUCGAUUUUCUGAGGGGGGGGGUUUCCCUUAAUGAAACUUUUCAAUCCUAUCUUAUAGUUACAUUAUGAGAUCGUAGAUUUUUAUACUAUAAAAGUAUGGAUUUUAGGAAGGACAGCAAAUUCGAAGAGAGACUAAUGCAUAGAGCUACACAUAUGUAUUUAGAUCUGAUUAGUUUCUUGAAUAUUCAAGAAAAACUAGGUAAUUAUUACUGUACAUCGAAGAAUGAUUUGAGAGAUUUUAUAUGUAAGUAUAUACUUCUACCCUAAUUCCUUUGAUUUGAGUAUUUCGGUGAUACUCUUUAAAGAGUAAUUCAUAUAUAUAUAUUAUUUUUGAUAUUGUCAUUUUCUAUAUAUGUCGGUAAAGAAAGCUGGUUUUUUUCGCAAUGCGUUUAUAUUAAGUUAACUUGGUUUUUUUGGACAACAAUAAACUACAGGAAAAGAAAAAGUUACGCCACUCUUGUGACAUUACUUAUUGCACAAUAGUUCACUAGUGUUGUGAAAUUACUUAUUGCACAAUAGCCACACCAUGUUCUUACUAUAUAAACUGUCGCUUUAUUUCACAGAUGUUGUACAAUUCAUUCUAAAAGUAGAUUAAUUAUCAAUAUAAUCCAGAACUAUUAAUUGGUGCAAUCGCCAGGAUAUAUAUAUUUUUUUCCUAGUGCAUGACUUUUCUCAUAUCGACUUUUUAAAAAAGCUCGUUUUGAGAUAAUGGUAGCCAUUACUCGUGCUACGUUAGCACGUCAAAUGCCAUCACAAAAUACAACGAGAACAGUUAUAUCAAGUGCUGUAAGAAAAAAGUACAUCAAAAAGAAGAAAAGAACAGUUAAACAACGUACAUCAUCUAAGAAAAGAACAGUUAAACAAUGUACAUCAUCAUCUACUACUUCACCGCCAUUGCAACCAUAUAACGAGGUCGCAGGCAAAAGUAAUAUUAUUGAUGCUAAUAAAUAUGAUCGGUACGGUAAUCCAACAGGAAGAGAAUACGAUUUGGGUCGAGAUGGAGCAUUUAUGGGAUUUAAUAUUUUAAUUGGACAGUUUUAUCACUUUGACAUGCAGAAGCCAAUGGAUGCACUGAAGAUUAAAGGAUUUCAAGUGAAACUUGUAAUGACUGAAGAUGAAUGUAUAACAGAGCUUGCUUCAAAUCGUUAUCAAAUUGCAUGGAUUAUCAGUUCUACUCAUAUUCAAAAUUCGAAAUUUAUUUCAGCUUUAACAGCUUUUCAUUCAGCUGGUGGUGCUAUUUUUUUAUUUGCCGAUAAUACACCAUACAGUUAUGAAGAAAUCGAUAUAACACUCCGAAAUAUCAUAAGUUCACUUGUUUUAAUUGAUACUGAAUAUUUACAUUUUCUAAAUUAUCAAUUUGAACUCUAUGGAGAAAAUACCUCGCUAAUCAAUGAUGUCCGAACUCGUAUAAAACAGAAACAAUUACCAAAUGUUGAUCGAACUAAGUUGCAAAGUUUAAUUACUACAAUGGAUAACGAUGAAAUUCUUGAUUAUCUUGGUUCACUUGAUUAUGUUUUUACUUAUUUAAGAAUGAGUAUAUCAGAAAAUGCUUCAGAAACUACAAUAAUUCAAACAUUUGUUAAAUUAUUGAUAAUUGGAUUUUGA